CUUGACUCGCCUGGUGAAAUGCACACUGAGGGGACACGAUAUCUUUUGUACGUGUUUGGACAGACGACAGCCGUAGCCGUAGUGUUGUGUGUUUUGUUGUUUUAUCUACUGAAGUUGACAAGGAUUUAUCAGUAUGUUGAGCCGUGGUUUAAAUCAAAAGCAGCUACACUUAGAGCGAAAAUUAACAACAUAUUCGCUUCAUUACAGGUAUUUCCAUCAGUGAAAACUAUCAAUACCAAAACAUCAUCAUCAACAUCAAAGUACAAGUCUACUCCAGAAACCACAAACCUAGCGCGGGUAGCAAGACUAAUCCUUGGACCAUGCACAGAUCUGCUGCGAGAAAUUCUCAGAGCAAAUAUCUCACCGUCCGACCUAUCAAAAACUGUCAAAAUUUGGAUUGAUGAUCUAAAAAAGAAAAAAAUAAAGAAUCCGUUGAAUAAACAACAGAUUGCUCUCAUAUUUCCACUGCCAACCAAACAAUAUGGCGGAGAUUACUCUGACUUUGAUAUUAGUUUUCUGUACAUUCUUCUACGUAAUGUAUGUAAAAUAUCUCCACACAAUAAGGGAUGGGGAGAAGAACCCGAUCCCACGGACAAUAGUGUAUCUGCCAACAUUGAAAGAAUCAGACUGACAAGAAACAAGUACUAUGGACAUGCAGCAGAUUUCUCCCUCUCAGAAUCAAACUUUAUAAGGGAAUGGCAAAGCAUUUACAAUAUUACAGUCGAGCUUGAGCGAUGCUUAGGAAGUUUGACUUUAUACCAAAAUGCUGUGAACGAUAUAAAGACAUGUUCCAUGGAUCCAGAAAUAGAAGCCAGAUACAUUGAAAAGCUUUUACUUCUCGAUGAACUGUGUGAGACUGUAAAAACGCAUUCAGAAGAAAUAACAAAGUUACAGCAUGCAACGAGUGUAAUCCAUCCAAAUAUAAAAGAUGUUCACCAGAAAAAAUAUAUACGCUGCUGGAAAGAAGAAGACAGCGUUUUCAAUGAAACUCACAACUUUCCUGCAAUGCUGGAUAAAGUCCGGACACAAUCUUAUAUGACAUUUGUUGGAGUCCCAGGAUCAGGAAAAUCAGCCACAAUCCAUCACAUAGCCCUGAUACUCCAGGAGGAAGGUUACGAGGUUGUACCUAUUAUAGACAUCAGUGAGGUUUACCGUUUUUGUGACUCCAAUAAUCCACAGGUGUUUGUCAUUGAUGAUGUGGUAGGUGUGUUGGGUCUUCAAAAACAAAAGUUACAGGCUUUAGUAGACUAUGAAAAGAUAAUUUCAGAUCCUCCCAAUAAAAGAACAAAAGUAUUGAUGACAUGCAGGGAACUAGUGUUUAAUGAAUGUUACAAGUCAUUUUUCUCAAAUAAGGAAAAUGUAAUCAAAAUGUUAAGUUCAGAAAAUGCAUUAAAUGAUGAUGACAAAAAAGCCAUUCUUCAGAAGCACGGCUUGGAUAAAGAUUUAUUGUCCCCUACAUUACUGAGAGAAGCAUCGGCGAUGUUUCCUCUUUUGUGUAAACUUUACUCAAAAGAGGAGAAAUUUAGAAAUGAUGUUGAAAGAUUUUUUACCUGUCCAUCUGGAUACAUUUUAGAGGAAUUUGAUAAAAUGAAGGAACAAAAUAGAUUACAAUAUGCUACGUUGAUAUUAUGCCUGUUAAAUGACAAUAAAUUAUCAAAAGAAAUAUUAAAAGACACAGGGAAUAAGGUUUUCUGUGAAAUUAAAUCAAAAGCAUUAGAAAAUUGUAAAGUUAAGAGUAACACGGACGCUUUCGAGUUUGUUGAUGCAUUGUCAGUAAUGGAGGGGACGUACACAAAACUCUGUGGUACUGAGUAUACCUUUAUUCAUGACUCAAUGUUCGAAAUCAUUGCUCAUCAUUUCGGCUCUCGGUUCCCAAAUAUCAUGUUACAAUUUAUGAGUAGCAGUUAUAUUGCUAACUAUGUAAAACUUCAAAAAGAUGAAAUGCAUAAAUUAGAGAAUGAAAAUAAGCAUGUGAGGGAAACUAUUGUAGUCAAUAGUGGGGGUAAAAAAGAAAUAAACACUGCUUGUGACAGUUUAAGAAACGGGAAGAAAGAGGCUUUGAGUGCUGAAAAUAGUGAUAGAAUGGAGGCAUUUGAUCUCUGUAUAAGGAUAGGGGAGGAUCUAUACUCUAGGUUAGCAGAGCGUUUGUACAGGGAUAUACAAAAUAUGGAGCUGUAUGAUGUUUUUAUGAAUAAGGUUUUAAAACAUCCUACGGUUUGUCAGGCUUUUAUUGAAGUGUUGGAGACAAAGUCGUACACAGAGUUGAAGUCUUUGUUUCUGUCAGAACAGAAAGACGUGUCUAAGGUAGUGAGUAAAAAAGAGCGUGUGAGGGAGGAGAGUGAGAAGAGGGAUGAGAGAAGCAGAGAGAGGCGCAGACAGAGUCUGUUAGUGAUUGAGAAUGAUGACGAUAAAGAAAUAACAUACAGUGUCAGGGUUAUCAGUUGGGUGGUUUACUACGGACACACUCAGAUCCUACAAUAUAUUUUAAAACAAACUGAAUUACACAAAGAGACACAGUCUGAACUUUUUUUUAAUUUUUUUAAUCAGGAUUUCAUUUAUUCAACAAAAGAUGGGGAAAAGAACAUUGAAGCACACAAUAAAGUGGAUAAAUUACGGUCAUUUACACACUUGGACAUUGAUGGGUCUAUUUCUGAACAGCAGCGCUUACUUCUGCUGAGUUGUUACAAUGGGACAAUAGAAAUUGUGAGAAUAUUUAUUAAAUAUCUAAAAAGAAAUACAAUUUACACGACCUAUCCAGACAUAGAUUUAAAGUUUAUGUUAGGUGACACAGCACUUCAAGCUGCUUGUAUUGAUGGACUUCUGAGUGUAGUGAAAGAGCUGAUAGAGGCAGGGGCUGAUCUUAAUUCAGUAAGUAAAUUUGAUUUUGAUACUCCACUGACAGCAGCAUGUAAAGGUGGAUAUAUGAAUAUUGCGAAGGAGUUGCUCGGAGCAGGGGCUGAUAUUAAUCAUCAAGGUUAUUUUAAUACACCACUGACAGCAGCAUGUGAGAAUGGAUAUAUACGUUUAGUGAAGGAGCUGGUGAGGACAGGGGCUGAUGUUAACAUUCCAAGUCUUCGUGAUGGAGAUACACCACUGACAGCAGCAUGUGAAGGUGGAUAUAUAGAUAUAGUGAAGGAACUGGUAAAGGCAGGGGCUGGUGUCAAUUUUAAAAGUACUCAUGCUUGUGGUACUCCAUUGACAGUAGCAUGUAAGGGUGGAUAUAUAGAUAUAGUGGAGGAACUGGUUAGGGUAGGGGCUGAUAUCAAUCUACAAGAUAAGAAUGAUACACCACUGACAACAGCGGUUAAAUAUGGACACAUAAGUAUAGUGAAGAAUUUACUUCAGAAAGGGGUUAAUGUUAAUCAAUGUGUUGUCAACUACUCUACAGGGGUUUCUGAUACACCGCUGACAGUAGCAAGCAAAGGUGGAUAUAAAACUAUAGUGGAGGAGUUGCUCGGGGCAGGGGCUGAUGUAAAUCCACAAGAUGUUGAUGAUAUACCACUGUCAGCAGCGAUUAAAGGUAGAUAUAUGAGUGUUGUGAAACAGCUACUCAAAGCAGGGGCUUGUGUCAAUCUGCGAGGUAAAUCUAAUAAUUCGCCACUGGUAUUAGCGUGUAAAGAUGGCAAUAUGAGUGUAGUGAAAAAAUUGAUUAAAUCUGGGGCUGAUGUUAAUCUACUAUGUGAGGAUCGUACAGCACUGACUGCUGCAUGUGAGGGUGGACAUCUAUAUAUAGUAAGAGAGUUGCUACAGGCAGGAGCUAUUGUAAAUCUACAAGGUGAGUAUCUUACACCACUGACGGCUGCGUGUGAGAAUGGGCAUCUUAAAAUAGUACAAGAGUUGCUACAGGCAGAGGCUGAUGUUAAUUUUCAAUGUGAGUAUCUAACACCACUGACGGCUGCAUGUGAGGGUGGACAUAUAAAUUUAGUGAAAGAACUCCUGGAGGCAGGGGCUUAUGUCAAUCCACAAAGUAAAAAAGCAACACCGCUAAUUACAGCAAUUAAGGGUGGGAGAAUGAGUAUAGUGAAGGACUUGCUAAAAGCCGGAGCUAAUGUCAAUCUUCAGGAUACGUAUAAUGAUACACCAUUGACAGCAGCAUGUAAAAUUGGACAAAUCAGUUUUGUGAAGGAGUUGCUAGAUGCAGGGGCUGAUGUUAAUCUACAAAAUGAACAUGAAACAUCACUGAUAGCAGCAUGUUUUGGUGGAUAUUUAAGUAUUGUGAUGGAGCUGAUAAAGGCAGGAGCUGUUGUAAAUCUACAAACUAAAUCUUUUAAAUCUUACACAUCACUGACGGCGGCAUGUUGCGGUGGACAUGGAGAUGUAGUGGAAGAGCUGGUAAAAGCAGGGGCUGAUGUAAAUUUACAUGGUAAAUAUUAUGAACUAUGGAAAAGGAUACUACUCCGUGAUAGAGGAAUGGGGUUUUCCCGCAAAGAAUCUUUCACACCACUGACAAUAGCAUGUGAUAGUGGAUAUAUAAAUAUAGUUAAAAGGCUUCUCAAGGCAAGAGCUGAUGUUAAUCCUCAUGGUGAACAUUUUACACCGCUGACAGCCGCAAUUAAGAGUGAACAUUUUAGUAUAGUGAUGGAGUUGCUUAAGGCAGGAGCUGAUGUCAAUCUAAAAGAUAAGAUUGAUACGCCACUGACUGCAGCGUGUGGUUCAGGACAUGUGAUCGUAGUAAAAGAGUUACUACAGAAAAGUGCUGAUGUUAAUCUACAUGGAAAGGUUGAUACACCACUGACGGCAGCAUGUAAGAGUGGAUAUAUGAAUAUAGCAAAAAUCCUGCUAGAUGCAGGGAGCGAUGUUAAUAUGCAGGAUAAGGAAGGAAAUACCCCUCUCUAUCACGCUUUUGUAAACACACAUAAAAGUUUCAUCCCUCUUAUACUACGAAUGUUUGAUAUUUAUGGUGCAGAUUCAACUAUCAGAAAUAAACAAGGCAUAUCAACAUUUUAUCAUGCAUUAAUUAGGAAUGAAAUUGGUUCUGUAAAGCAGUUAUUAAGAACAGAGAAUGAAAGUCAGUUAGACAGACUGAGGUUACAUUUGUUUGAGUGUUUGGUAAAUAUAAGACACAGUGACGUGAUGACUGAUAGUAAGGAUGAUGUGGUGGUGACACGGAGACGAGUGUGGCGUAUGGAGGAGAGGUGGGGAGAUUUGUAUGAGGAAAUCAUACAAAGUGAUUGUAAGGGUUUAGAGCAUCUGUUACGUGUUGGUCUGGAUGUCAAUCAGUGGAUACAGCUGUAUAAUGAUUAUAAAGAUGUGAUGUAUGAUGUGAAACCUCUGCUGUUUGCACUGAUUGAUGAUUAUGAUUUUGACAAUAGAUUGGUGGAUAAGGUGAAGUUCCUUCUGGAGGCGGGGGUGGAUGUCAAUGUCAUGGUGAAGUACAAAGAGUAUGAUUCCAUGUCAGACAGUGAGUGUAAUUCUGAUUCUGUGUCAGACAGUGAGUGUAAUUCUGUGUUAGACAGCGAGUAUGGUUCCGUGUUAGACAGAGAGGGGGUGUCUGUUCUAGAGAGGACACGACGACUGGUGAGUGAGUUCAGAAAGGAUGAGUGGAAAAGAGAUGAAGUGUUUAAGUACACGAGAGUGAUCAAGGAAGUGAAGAAACAUGCAAGACGAUACUCUGUGUAGAGAAGUUACAGAACGCCAUAUACUUCUAGUAUUAAGACUUAAUUACUAUGAGCGUACAUAUUACCAUAAACCUUUUGUAAAACAAUGAAAAGUAAUUUUUGAUAGGGUUCAAAUGUUUUAUUUACACUAUAUAUUAUAGGUAGAACAUUAACGUGUAUUGGUGUAUAAAACUGAGAAUUAUUUACUACGACGUUAUUGGGCUAAAAUAAUAUCUUAUGUGGAUUCAUGUUAUUUGAUUAGACUGGAAAACCUCAGUUUAUAUUUAUCAUCCAAGCUAUUUACACUUAUUUUAAUAAUCAUGUUUUUGAGUAUUUAGAUUUGCGAAUGAUAGAUUUAUAUUUGUUCUUUAUUGUAUUUCAAUGUACAUAAAUAUUUACAUAAGAAAAUUUAGUUUGCACAUUGUACAUGUUGUUCAAUGUUCAUCCACUGUUUAACAAAUUUUAAUAAAAAUAAUCAAUACAGUAUAACCAUUUGUUUAUUUCUACUUGACACUGGGUUAAUACUUUGGUAUCACGUUUCUUUCCAUUAUUAAUAUCCCUGGAAUCUUUAUUUACCAAAAAUGAGAUGGACCAUGCAUGAUGUCUUGAUGCUUGUGUCACUUUUUCCAAUAUUGAUUUUUUUAUUAUUUAUUUAUUCGUGUUUGAAAGUUUAAAAUUUUAUUUUAAACACUUUAUAUUAUAUAUGUAAACUUUUGUAUUAUUAAAAACCUGAAUUUGU